AAUAAACUAAGACUUAGUUUUAGCACUUGAUUUAUCAUUGCUUUAUUAUUAUUAAAUUUGUAUCAAUAAUCAUUUUUAUCGACAAGAAUUCUUAAUAAACUUUCAACUUAACGUUAAAUAUAUUACAAAUAUAAUAUGAAUGCACCACCGACCUUUGAAUCAUUUCUUUUGUACGAAGGAGAAAAAAAAAUUAUUAAAGAACAAGACACAAAAGUUCCUAAUGCUGCGAUUUUUACUGUUAAUAAAGAAGACCAUACUCUUGGAAAUAUGAUCCGCAAUCAGUUAUUAAAGGAUCCUCAAGUUUUGUUUGCUGGAUAUAAAGUUCCACACCCAUUAGAACAUAAAUUUGUGAUUAGAAUUCAAACUACAUCAGAUUACACACCACACGAAGCAUUUAUGCAUGCUAUUACAGAUUUAAUAGCAGAGCUUUCUCUAUUUGAAGAACGUUUUAAGGAAGCUAUUAAAGAAAAAAAGGAAGGAUUAGAUUGAAUUUCUUAUUCCUUUUUUAAAAUUAAUUUUAGAUAUUAAAAAAUCAUGUAAAUAAAAUAUUAAUAUGUAUAUCAUUUUUGGAUUACUACGAGACC